AUGAUUAAGGCAGGACUGAUUAGAACUCAGCUACGAACGGUGGCACUGACCUCCAUUGCUAUCCUUCUCAGAGCAGUAUGGAUGGCAAGGCCGUCGUCGUUUUUGUUUCCCCAACAGCAGCACGAGCGCCCUUGUCGUUGCUUUCCUGGUGAUAAUUGCUGGCCUUCCUUAGACGAAUGGGCCGACUUCAAUAAAACCAUUGGGGGUAAACUAAUAUCUACGAUCCCGGUUGCCAGCCCCUGCCAUGAUGACUUCCCCGGCGUUGACUACGAUCCGGAUAAAUGUGCUCAAGUGAAAGGAAACUGGGAACGCCCAGAGUUUCAUAUAGAGACCACGCAUUCGCCAAUGGCCGCUUACUUCGCAAAUCUAAGCUGCGAUCCCUUCACGCCUCGCGAUGCGCAGUGCAUUGUAGGCGCUUAUGUCCCCUAUGUCGUUAAUGCUUCGGACGCCGACGACUACCGCAAAACAAUCGCUUUUGCGAAGGAGCGUAACAUUAGGCUAGUCAUUCGAAAUACAGGGCACGACUAUAUGGGGAAGUCUACCGGAGCUGGUGCGUUGGCUAUCUGGACACACAACAUCAAAGGGAGAUCGAUUAUAGACUACGCCUCGACGGGCUAUACGGGGAAAGCAAUGAAAACCGGGGCUGGCGUACUGGCUUCCGAAGCUAUCGACACGGCUAAAGCUGAAGGCCUGGUUGUCGUCGGUGGUGACUGUCCGAGGGGAGGAACUAGCCCUCUAGGAACCAAAUUUGGUCUCGCGGCUGACCAGGUGCUGGAAUGGGAGGUUGUCACCGGAAAGGGGGAACUACUUACGGCAACGCCUACUGAGAACCAAGACCUUUACUGGGCUUUAUCUGGAGGCGGUGGUGGUACAUACGGCGUCGUCCUUUCUAUGACUGUCAUGUUGCAUCAGGAUGGACCGACUGCCGGUGCGAUUCUUUCUUUCACCGAGCCCUCAGACAAGUUUUGGGAUAUCGUACAGGUGUUUCUGAUGAACUUACCAGCUGUUUUGGAUGCAGGUGCUACUUUGUAUGCCUGGUAUUUCCCAGGAAACAAAUUCCUGAUGCCACAAUCCUACUUACUCGGUGGUACUUCGCAAGAUCUUCAACUCCUCCUGCAACCGACUCUUAAGGCGCUCGAUGAAAGUGGAAUUCCUUAUACCUGGGAGGGCCAUGACUACCCGACCUUCCAAGACUCUUUUUAUGCUCAAAACCCCAAGCAAGACGUUGCGGAGAUAAACCUUGGCGGCCGUCUUAUUCCUCGUUCUCUUGUGAAAUCUAGCGACUCAGCCGCUUCUCUUGCUGAUGCUAUCAAGUCAGUUUUGGAUAACGGUGGGGGUAUGGCUACUGUGUGUUCGGACACAAGCCGUCCACCAACCUUUCCAAACUCGGCUCAUCCAGCUUGGCGCGAGACACUAUUCUUGGUGUUUCUUUACACAAUUUACGAUCGAUACAAUAUGACGACGAAUAUACUCAACAAGCAAAAGGUCACCGACGUGUUGGACCCAGCUUUCGAAAAGCUGACACCGGGAGGAGCUGUAUACCUAAACGAAGCCGAUAUCAACCAUCCCGACUGGCCGGACGCUUUCUACGGCCCAAACUAUGCCACGCUGGCGGCUAUUAAAAAGCUACACGACCCGGACGAUAUUUUCUGGGGGCCGACUGCGGUGGGAAGCGAGUCGUGGGAAGUUGCUGCGGACGGACGGCUCUGCAAGAUUAGUUCGUAG